ACACACACACACACACACUCUCUCUCACACACACACACACACACACACUCGGACAUGGCGGAAGAACAGAGUGUUGACUUUCUGCUCGCGUGUCUCAAUAAAGUGACGGAUCCUGAGAACGUGUCUGAGAGAUGGGACUGCAUGCAGGAGUUCUACCAGCAUGUUAACACACACCCCGACGGGCCCCAGAUGGCAACACGUCUCCUGGCUCAUAAGAUCCAGUCUCCUCAGGAGAAGGAAGCUCUUCAGGCUCUCACUUUGUUGGAGGUGUGUAUGAAUAAUUGUGGGAAACGUUUCCACAAUGAAGCAGCGAAGUUCAGAUUCCUGAAUGAACUCAUUAAAGUUCUGUCUCCAAAGUAUCUGGGUGCGUGGAGCACAGACGAGGUGAAGCAGAGAGUGACAGAGGUUAUGUACAGCUGGACUCAGUGGUUAAAGGAUGAGCCGAAGGUGCAGGAGGCGUACAGCAUGCUAAAGAGACAAGGAAUAGUGAAGAAAGACCCCAAGCUUCCUCACACCAUCGCCCUGCCCCCACCGUCCCCUCGACAGGAAGUGUCUGUGUUUGAUGAUGAAGAUAAAUCAAAGCUGUUGUCACAGUUACUGAAGAGCAGCCGUGCAGAAGACCUGCAGCUGGCUAACACACUGAUAAAGAGCACACUACAAGAGGAGCAGGAGAAGAUCGAGAAGGAGAGCAGACGUGUUAGUACACUUCAGGAAGUGGAGACGUGCGCAUCACAACUUAAACUACUCCUGAAUCAAGAACCUCCUCCACAACACACCUUGGAGAUGCAGGAUCUGUAUCAGCGCUGUGAUAGGCUGAGAUCAAACCUUUUCCGAUUGGCCAGUGAAACUGUUAACAAUGAUGAGGCUUUAGCUGAGAUUCUGCGCAGAAAUGAUGAACUCACACAUGUGAUGACUCUGUACAGGAAGAAAACACCGAAACCAGAGACAGAGAUGGACACAAUGCAGGCAUUGAGUCCUGUGAAGUCUUAUCACCUGAUUGAUUUGUCAGUGCUCGGUGAUGGUGCCCCCUGUGGCCAAGUGAAGAUUAGCAAAGCUCUUGUGCAAGAGGAGCAACAGCAGAAAAUACAGGAUUCAAGCAGAAACACACUCGGGGUGAAAUCUUACCUUGAUGAACUGUUACAGUUGGAGGACACGGUGAACGUUCCCAGUGAGACAGGACACAUGGAGAGGUCUUACAGAGAUCAGGACUACAGUACCCAUAAUGCAUCAGUAUUAGCGUUAGUAGAUCCUGAACUGCAGUCCAGAUCAUCUUCAAACAUCAAUCAGUUGACCGCAUCAGGUGGUCUUCCUAAGCCCCACCCCGUUUCAUCCCUCGCCGACAUCAGCGUCUCUCUGGACUCGAUUAAGCCCAGUCACAUUAAACCUAUAACAGUGUUUAAUCAUCGUGGUGUCCAUGUCUCUCUGCACUUCACUAAAGAAGCUCCUCCGUCUCACCCUGAUGUCGCCGUCAUCAUUGUCUCUGUGGUUAACACGUCACCACUUCCUGUUUCUGACUUCCUCUUCCUGGCGGCUGUUCCUAAAAAUAUGUGUGUGAGGCUGCAGGCUGCUACAGGGAGCACGUUGCCUCCAUUUAGCCCUCUGCUGCCCCCUGCUGCUCUCUCACAGAUACUGCUCCUCUCCAACCCACUCAGGAAGCCGGUGCGUCUUCGUUUCAGAGUGACACUGACUCUUGGACAGGAGCGACUGCAGCAGGAUGGAGACGUCGAUCAGUUCCCUCAGUGGAACUCUUGGACUCACCUUUGACCUUUAAUUGAGCUCUGGUCACAUGGACACAGCGACCAGGACUGAGCGAGUUCAUGUCCAGACAAUAAUAUCAUCAUCAGUGUAUUUUUUUCAUUCACACUGCAUUUAUUCUAUUCAUACAAAAUGGUUUAAGAUAUUUGACUUGCUCUUGCAAAAGUAUUCAUUGUUUUACAGUGUGUGUGUGUGUGUGUGUGUGUGUGCGUGUUUGCUGAAAUGAACCAUAAAUGGUGAUAAACAUUUUAAUUCCCAAUGAACACACUGGUCUGGUCUGUUGUGACAGUCGCUCUCAGCUGGAAGAAUUCCAUCAUCCCUGAUAACUGAAAAGGGAAAUAAACACAGACACAUCUGAUAAAAUCAGCAGCCUGACUCUAGUCAUCUAAGUUCUGAUGUUUCAUUAACAGAUAAUUCUCACGCUACCUCAGCAGGGAAAUAUGUGCUAUCAGCUCGCUAACUCCUGUGUUCAUUACAGUAAUUUCUUUUAAAACAAUCUGGGUGAUGAAGGGCUUGAGGUUUGUGCCCCGGGGGUAAAAUGAGCCCAUACCUGCUGCAUAUCAAAUUCACUUUCCCACUUCAACUGCCUCUGAUCUCUCUCCAGUCAGAUAGAGUUCUCCUGGGAGCAGCACCAACCCAACUGGCUUCUUUUGAUUCACAAGAACAGAUGCUCUAUUCUGAAGUUCGCUCCCUUCACCAUCACUGGUGCUGAUCCAAUGUCUUCAUCAAUACCAUGGUUUUUGUUUCUGUCACUCAAUCCUAAUGUAGUUAAUAGUAUUACUCAUCCUAUGGUUACUACCAUGACUAUCAAUUGGCAGCUUCCCAAAACAGAUUAAUCUGAACUUAACCUUUGAAAAGAGUUGGGGCUGCAGUGAAGGAGAGAGAAAGAGGG